AUGUCGCUGGGACAUUUUCUGCCGUGCUGUGAUGAGAUCGGCCGGGAGAACCUGACCGGACUCGACUUUCGCAAGUCUCUGUGAGCACUCUCUCAUCAGAAUGGCGUGGCCUCCAUUGAGCCCGACUAACGAUGUUCAGCAACAACUCUUUGGACCAUUCGGAAUGCAAAAAUCGCGGCACAAGCAAGAAAUGGUUUCAGAAAGCUCAAGUCUACUGUCUCUUUCAAUUGUAUUAUAUUCUACAAUAAAUAUUAUAUUCUUUCAAUGUUCAUGUUACAACAAACGUUUAACAUUGCGGCCAAAGUAGUUAGAAUUUUAAUUUUGGCUCCUGAAGGAUUUACUAGACUAAUCAAUAUGUGCAUUGAUGCGCCAAUGCGAGAUUUUCGGCUCUUGGAAGAUAUUUGCAAAACCAAUCGAUCAUAAAAAGUAAGGUGCAUGAGCGCACCAAUAUCAAUACCCAAAAGUAUCUUGAAAAUAUCGUGCGAAAUCAUGUGAAAGUCCUGCUUUUCCGAGAUCCCAAGCAGUUUGAGUCAGAAAAAGUCGAAGCCAGAGAGACUGACUGGGUAUAGGAGCACGGAGGAGUGGGACAGUGCACCAGUCUCCUUGGUCAGACCGAAGUGCCACUCAGAGGUUCCGAGUGGCUGAGAUCUCCCCUCCGGAAAGAAUGACCGAGGUCAUGCUCGACACGAAUAUCCCCAUGUCAAAGAGCCGGCAGAAGCCCCCUUUCUUCUUUCUGACAGAAGCCAAGAAGAAGCUCACCCUUUUUGAUUGA